AUGGACGGCUAUCCACUUGCUUCUAUCCCGGCACUCACGCUCCACGAUGGCGUCAAACGCGAUGAACUCAAUGCCAGCGACAUCGUGACCGACUGGCUCGCAGCUCUAGAGAAGCGUCCUAAGAACGGUCUGUCUACUGACCUCGCGGACCUCUUUAUUGACGACUCCUGGUGGCGGGAUUUCACCGGUCUUUCAUGGGAUAUAGUGACAAAGCACGGUCUCAAAGACGUCGCAGAGUAUCUCACCAGCUCGACCACUGGAUUCGGACAGCUGGAUACCGUCAAAACCGGGGGUCUGCAACCCAGCUUGGUAGACAUGCACGGAGCUAUCUGGAUCCAGGGUGGAUUUACCUUCCGGACAAGUGAUGGCUCGGGCAUCGGUCUCGUUCGAUUGAUCAACGUGGACAAGUCUCAGUGGAAAGCAUGGACGGUUUUCACACAGCUUGAGAGGCUCAAUCAUCAGGACGAGCUUGACAGCCAACGACUACGCCAAUCCUACACCCAGACAAAACUUGGUCAGGGGGUGAAUGGAGAACAGAAGGUCGACCUUCAGGUCUUGAUCAUCGGUGCAGGACAAUCGGGUCUUAUGCUCGCUGCGCAGCUGAAGAACAUGGGCGUCAAAGCGUUGCUCGUCGACAAGCUCCUACGACUUGGGGAUCUGUGGCGGUCCAGAUACGAAACAGUUAGGACCCAUACACCAAUCUAUACCGACCACUAUCCCUUCCUCAAAUACCCCACCAACUGGCCGCGAUGGCUGGAGCAGGACAAGAUCGCCAGCUGGAUGGAACAUUACGGCCAAGUGAUGGGACUUGAAUACAUGCUCAGCACCACUGUGAACAAGAUCGACUACGACGAAGAGGUGCGCCGAUAUACUGUUGAGGUGGAGAAUGAGGACGGCAAACAAACCUUCCACCCUCGGCACCUUGUCCUGGCGACCGGCGUGUUCAGUCGUCACCCCAUCGAACCUGAGAUACCCGGCCGAGAUCUUUUCAAAGGAGAGGCGUACCAUGCAAUGCACCACAAAGCGGCACGUCUCACUCCUAACGUUGGCAACAAGCGCGUCGCUAUCAUCGGAUCCGGCACCAGCGCCCACGACAUCGCCCAGGACUUUGUCAACUCCGGAGCCAGGGAAGUGACCAUGAUCCAACGCAACGCUAUCUUCUCCCUGUCGGCCAAAGCGAUUGAAGACGCCUACUUUUCCUUCUGGAACACGCCCGGCAUAACGACCGAGGAGGCCGACACCAUCACCAACUCUUUCCCCAUUGCCGUCGCUCGGACACUCAACAUCGGACAGACGCAGAUGAUGCAGGAGCACGACAAGGAGCUGCUCCAGGGCUUGGAGAAGGCCGGGCUGAAGGUCAAGCACGCAAAGACAGCCGGGUACGGCUUUAUCGACCACCUCGUCGUCAAGACCGGCCACUUCUACAUCGACCAAGGCGCGAGCCAGAUGAUUGUGGACGGAAGAAUCAAGGUCAAGUCGUGCGCGGACGGUGUCAAGGAAUUCGUCAGAGACGGGAUCGUCCUCGCCGACGGGACCAAGGUGGACGCCGACCUGGUCAUUCUGGCGACGGGGUAUCAGAGAAACGUGCUGACCGUGGAGGAGUUGAUGGGGAAGAAGGUCGCCGAGCGGGUUGGCGAUCUGGGCUUUCUCAACGACGAGCAGGAGCGGAUUGGAUGGUGGCGACCCACCGGCUUCCCGGGCUUCUGGUACAUGACCGGCAGUUUCGUGUGGGCGCGACAGUUUUCGCCCGUCCUCGCCCUGCAGAUCAGCGCUGUCGAGCAGGGCCUGAACCCGGGGUACUGGGAGCAAACGGCGCGGAACAGCAGGGGUAUUGGCACCGUUGAAUACAGAGUCUAG